GUGCUGACAACGGGUGAACACACGCACAUACAGCACUACGGCCAAAGUACAUGAGAGCUCAGACAAAGCCUUGUGCUGCAUUUCUUUUCUCUUUUCUUGUUCACAGGUUUUCAGAAGACUAUAGAGAGGAGAUUUCAGCAAGACAGAAGGAUCUCUUUCCAUGAGGGAACACUAUCGUGAUGGCGGAGGGAUCUGAAUUUGACCUGGACUACAUUACGGAGUGUAUCAUUAGCAUCACCUUCCACCAGUCCUGCACAGAGCAGACGUACCAGCACAACCUGCGCAGCAUCACGCAGAUGCUGCAGUCCAAACAUGCGGAUCGAUACAUGGUCAUUAACUUAUCCGAACACAGUGAUGAUCUCAGCAGGAUGAACCACAGGGUGGUGGAUUUAGGAUGGCCAGAAGGAAAAGCUCCAUCGCUCCAUCUGCUGUGUUCAGUGUGUAAAAACAUGGACAGUUGGCUUAGGACACACUCUGAAAACGUGCUGCUGCUACACUGCAAAGGCAGCAGAGACAGAGUGGGUGUGGUAAUAUCCUCUUACAUCCAGCUAUCUAAUGUUUCCACCAGUGAGGAACGUGCGUUAGAGCUGUACUCCAUGAAGAAGUUCUGCAGUGAUAAAAUGGUUAGCCUUAUGACUCCAUCUCAGAAAAGGUAUGUGCAGGUGUUUGGCAGACUCCUUACCCAUCAGAUCCGUUUAAACUCUUCCCCGCUCUUCAUCCAUGGCAUUAAUAUCCAUCCCAUUCCUGACUUCCACCCUACAGUGUGUCAGCUGUUUAUCAGAGUGUAUCAAGACACACAGACAGUUUACACAUCAGGAAUGCAGCAGGUUGCUGUAGGUCAGACAGACAGAGUGUGUUUUGCUCUGGAGCCCCCACAGAUGCUUAGAGGUGAUUUCAUGAUUGCGUGCUAUCAUAUAAAUGAUACCAUGAUGACUCACGAGACCGUGUUUGGUGUGCAGUUCCACACUGGAACUCUGUAUGGAGACCAACUGUCUUUGCAGAAAGAAGACCUUGAUCAUGCAAACGAAGACCCAAGAUUCCCAGGGGAAGGUGUGGUGGAGCUGCUCUUUUCAGAAAUUGCCGACAGAAACCCAUCCCUUGCUUCAGAUUUUGGCUACUGGAAGAACAGUUCAGCAGUUAUCACUGAAAAUGACCCUCUGGAUUCACUAAAGGCUCAGUGGGGAAAUCUUACAGAAGCAGCCAAGCAAAAAGAAGGUGCACGCUCUCUGAGCAGUGACUCUGGACUCUCCAACUCCUCCCAGUGGACUGGAGGACAAACCUCUGGGCUCCCAAUCAGCUACGGCUCCGAGGAGCAUCCACAGCUCCCCAGAGUGAUCCCUGUGCUCAGAAUGGAGGAGGAACAAGCUUCUCCUGGCAUCACAAGAUGUGACCCUAAAGCCAAUCAAGCUACUUUUGAUCAUUCCAGUCAUUUAAAUGGUGAAACAAUGUUCCUAGAACGAGAGACAGAUAUUAUAGAUGAUGAUGAAGACAUCAUCGCUCCGAAUGCUGCUGUUUUAGACUAUAAAGACACACUUUCUUCAAAGGAAAUGUCUGGCUUGUCUUCAGGUGAAUGUCAGAACUCUGUCCAAUCAAAUGAUAGUCAAAGUGAAGCUCUUCCUGCUAUAUUUAGAGACGUGAAUUCCUCUCACACACUCUCACACACUUCAGUUCCUUCUGGAUAUCAGACACAUAUAUGGGUAAAACAGCAACAGUCCACGUCUUAUAUGCACACUCCAUCAGACAGACUGGAACACAGAGAGGAGAUGGAGCUCCUAAAAAGUGCAAGCAAACCUUCAUUACCAGACAGUGGCUUUCCGGAGACACAGUCUGAGCCAGACAAGGAUGAUGAGUUUGCAACACUGGCUUUGGAUGUUGAUCAGUCAAUCGAACAGCUCAAUCAGCUGAUCCUGGACCUUGACCCUGACUUUGAACCAGUCCCCACAAAGGCAAGGAGUCACAUGACCCACUCGGCCUCCCUUCAGACCAAUGGAAUGACGCUUUCGGUUGGAAGGGCCAAAUCCCUUCAGGCAGGUUGGAGGCAGAAACAGCUCAGUGAUGUCUCUGAAUACUCUGUGCAAAAGGUGGGUGGCGAACGAAUGCAGAAAAACCAGAGAAUCGUCUUUGGAAUGCCAUCGCGAGGUCUAUAUCACACUGAUGCUGUUGACUUUGGUGACCUUCCUAAAGAGGUUGACAGUCCACUGUGGGUGGUUCUACAUCAAGUUCCGCCCACACCGGCAUUUCCUGUGACACCCCCCACUCCAUAUGUGAAGAGUGGACAUGACACCAUCCCUUCAAGAUCAGGUUCUCAAGCCAGUAGACACUACAUGGGCUAUCCAAUAUCGCAAGAGUCACGAGGAUACGUGGACAGCAUGACACAUAGAUCUAUGUCAUCCGACGGAGAGCUCUUCCAUUCUGAUGUCACAGGAAGUCCCGCCUCCUGUCAGAGGAUGUUUGGAUCUAUGCACUCGAUGUCCACCCCCAGCCCAUUGGUCAACACAGACAGUCCCGCCCCAGCUCAUUCCUGGUUAGAGGGUGGAUCCAGCACCCCUUUGAGUCACUACACCCCUCAGCCCUCUCCACCCCUCACCCUCUCGGCCCCCAACUCCCACAGCUCCCCUCGCGGAGCCCCCCGCGGCCUGUCCUCCUCUCUGGAUGUCGGGGGACUGGAGAGCAGCCUGCUGGAGGCGGUGGAGGGUCUGGAGGCUCUGGGUCUGGAUGUGGCUCAGCGUCCCCAUCUGCCCCUGAAGAGACGAGGGACUGAAGGCUCAGAGACCAUGUUCCCGCUCAGCAGGAGUGCAGUCAGCACGUCCUAUGCCAGUCACAACAGCUCACCUACCAGAUCUACACCAAGUCCAGAUUUUAUGGCCAGUAAACCAGAAAAUGUGAAGUUUGUUCAAGACACGUCGAAGUUUUGGUACAAGCCAGACAUCUCGAGAGAGCAAGCUAUUGCCAUUCUCAAGGAUAAAGAGCCAGGCUCCUUCAUCAUCAGAGACAGUCACUCAUUCAGAGGAGCUUACGGAUUGGCUAUGAAGGUGGCCACGCCCCCACCCUCUGUUGUACAGCAAAGCAGAAAAAUGGGUGAUCUGUCCAAUGAGCUUGUGCGGCAUUUCCUGAUCGAGUGCACACAAAAGGGAGUGCGGUUAAAAGGCUGUCCCAAUGAACCUUAUUUUGGAAGUCUCACAGCUUUGGUGUGUCAGCAUUCAAUCACACCCUUGGCUUUACCGUGCAGACUCAUUAUCCCAAACAGAGAUCCUCUAGAGGAGUUCAAUGAGUCUUCAUCACAGACAUCUACAAACUCUGCAGCAGAGCUACUCAAACAGGGAGCAGCGUGUAACGUGUGGUUCCUGGGCAGUGUGGAUCUGGAGUCUCUGACAGGAGUUCAGGGUGUCCAGAAGGCCACCACUGGGAUUUUCAGUAUGGAUCCAGCACCCACAUCCACCGUCGUUCACUUUAAAGUGUCUGCACAGGGAAUCACCCUCACGGACAACCAGAGGAAAUUGUUCUUCAGGAGACACUAUGCUGUCAACACAGUGAUAUUCUGUGCCCUGGAUCCUCAGGACAGGAGGUGGACACGGGACGGCUGCACAGCUGCAAAGAUCUUUGGCUUCAUUGCGAGGAAAAGCGGGAGCAGCACAGAGAAUGUGUGUCACCUGUUUGCCGAGCACGACCCUGAGCAGCCCGCCAGUGCUAUUGUCAACUUUGUCUCUAAGGUGAUGAUCGGCUCUCAGAAGACCAAAUAGAAAAAUCAUAAGCAGAGAUUCCUGCUGAACUGUGAAGGGGACAGACUCUACAUCCUUAAAAUAAAAUGUUGAAGAGGGAACCGAAUUUACAGUUUCGCUACUGUUAUCAGACCGCUUUUACUUGCUGAUGGUGUAGAGACAGUGAGACGUCAGUAUUGGAAUAGAUGAAACUUUAUUUUAUGUUGGAUUCUCCCUGUUUUUUGAACAAGAUACACAGGGAUGACGCUAAACUUCAUGGGGACCAGGAACAAGUUUUAUAGGUGGGCUGCCCUAUCUCAAGGACUGGGAUAAAAUUCCCAAUUGUCCCACCUGAUGACUACCCUAAACAAAAGAAAAAACAUUCCACAGGAAGUCUUUGAAACCUAUGCAGCACUGUUGCAUCACAGGACACGUCCAGAAGAGGGCGUCAUACUUCUCCAGCUCAUUUUCGCACUGCCAUAAACAGUCUGCUCAAAGCAAACUCGAAAGCCUAAGAGGAAAAACAACUUACUACCUUUUUUUUUUUUUUUUUUUUUGCUAUUUUAUUUGCAGUAUUUCUGAGGUCCUAAGAUUCGUUUGGAAAUAAAAAUGAUUGAGGUGUAAAUGUAGAUUAAUUUCCAUGUUGUGUCUGGGCACAUACAUUCCCAAAAUGCAGACCAAAGAGCAUUUUGCAUAUCAAUUUACAAAAUCUAAAUGUUUUUGGUUUUAUAUAUGUGUAUACAUUAUCAAAUAAUACUUUUAACAUUUUUAUAGCUCAAAAUAAUCAAUUGUUGUUUAUCUCUGAAUUUGUUUAUAAGUGCCGAGCUAACAUUUUUCGAUUAAUGCUAAGUGGUUUCCUUAAAAAGCAUAUUUGCUUUGACUUUGUUUAUAUAUUUGGAAAUAUUUAUCAUAUAACUCAUAUUCUGUGUAUACUCAUCUCUUACUCAUCUAUGUGGCAUGAGACUUAAGCCAUCUAAUUUUGAUAGAUCACCUCAUUUGAGGUAAACAACAUGACAUGUGAACUCAGUACUUCUGACAAUUUUUUUUUUUUAACUGACAGAGUAAGUAAAUGCUUGAUCAAAGAGGAUUUUGCAAAUAAAUUUUUCACUUGGAAUUCAUCUGAAUCAGACAAAUGUGCCUGUGCCAUUACUUUUCUUACUUUAAGAAGCAAGGACCAUGUUUUUAUCACAAAAGCUAUUCUGUACUUUCUUUAUACUGUCUAACGCAUUGGUUUAUUUGUUAAUCAAUAAUUUAUGGACUGUAUACAGGCACAUAAUACAAUAUUAAAGAAAUUUUACGGCACUAAA